CUGGUGCUGUUCGACAAGAUCACGUACGACAAGAUGCUCGCCGACGUCCCCAAGCUCAAGCUCAUCACCCCCUCCAUCAUCUCCGAGAAGCUCAAGUGCAAUGGCUCCCUCGCCCGCAAGGCUGUCAAGGAGCUGCUGAGCCAAAAGCUGAUCCGGCCCAUCCUGACGCACAAGUCGCAGUGUGUCUACACGCGCGCGUCGCAC